CGGUUUGGUUUCUAAAAGACCGUCCUACACCUACUCCAGGAAACAGAGAGUGAAAAUUGAAUUGUAAUGGCGAAUAGCAGUGACGUUGGCGGUGACAGUGGGUCGGAAAUGGUAGUAAUGAUGCAAAUAGGAUCAUACGGAGAAAAAGUUAGGAUAUUGAGAGACGAUGAAGACGAAUCUCUCUCCGGCGCUUCCGAGGAAAUAAUGUUACUGUGGGGAAUACAGCAGCCCACACAUUCCAUUCCAAACUCAUUCGUCGCUCAAUCCUCUCUUCAACUUUCCAUUGAUGCUUGUGGUCACUCUCUCUCCAUUCUUCAGUCCCCUUCUUCUUUGGGUAAACCUGGAGUGACUGGUUCAGUGAUGUGGGAUAGCGGGGUCGUAUUGGGGAAGUUCUUGGAGCAUGCUGUGGACUCCAAGAUGCUUAUGUUUCAAGGGAAGAAGGUUGUUGAAUUGGGUGCUGGAUGUGGAUUGGUAGGCUGCAUUGCAGCGCUUUUGGGUGCUCAAGUUACACUUACCGAUCUGCCUGAUAGACUGAGGCUACUGAAAAAGAACAUCGAAACCAAUCUGAGACAUGGAGAUGUUCGGGGAUCAGCAAUUGUGAAAGAGCUCAUAUGGGGAGAUGAACCUGACUUGGAUUUGGUUGAACCUUUUCCGGAUUACAUUGUUGGGUCAGAUGUGGUCUACAGUGAAGGAGCUGUGGCGGAUUUGUUGGACACAUUAAUGCAUUUAAGUGGAUCCCAAACAACAAUAUUCUUGGCCGGAGAGCUUCGAAAUGAUUCUAUCCUUGAGUAUUUCUUAGAGGCUGCGAUGAAGGAUUUUGUGAUUGGCCGAGUAGAGCAGUCGCAAUGGCAUCCUGAUUAUUGCAGCAACCGAGUAGUGUUGUAUGUUUUGAUAAAGAAGUGAUUUUACAGUGUAAUGAAAGUCCCCAGUCUAAGGAUUAGUCCGGAUGUGAAAGGUUUAAAAGUGUCGUCGGACACCUCUUGUAUGCCGUAUUCAAAAAAUUCAGUCCAGAACUUGUUAAUGUACAUUUCAACGAUAAAUCCGUUGGAUAAGAAUUUUAGUAGCUGCAUGCUAGUAAGAGGUUCAUAAAUUUCUCAA